AUGGUGUUCCCCGGACUCCUGGCUGUCACACUGCUUGUAGUGCACCUCGCCUGCUCCCAGGAUGUCGCCAGUGAAGCCAGCGGUGAGCAGCAGCUGUGCUCCCUGAGGGAACACCCCAUCGUGGCCUUUGCAGAUCUGAAGCCAUGGGUCUCUAACUUCACCUACCCUGGAGCCCAAGAUUUCUCCCAGCUCGCUCUGGAUGCUUCCAGAAACCAGCUCAUCGUGGGAGCCAGGAACUACCUCUUCAGACUCAGCCUUGCCAAUGUCUCCCUCCUUCAGGCCACAGAGUGGGCCUCCAAUGAGGACACGCGCCGCUCCUGCCAAAGCAAAGGGAAGACCGAGGAGGAGUGUCAGAACUACGUGCGAGUCCUGAUUGUCACUGGCCGGAAAGUGUUCAUGUGUGGGACCAAUGCCUUUUCCCCAGUGUGCUCCAGCAGACAGGUGGGGAACCUCAGCCGGACGGUGGAGAAGAUCAAUGGUGUGGCCCGCUGCCCCUAUGACCCACGCCACAACUCCACUGCCGUCAUCUCCUCUCAGGGGGAGCUCUACGCUGCCACAGUCAUCGACUUCUCAGGUCGGGACCCCGCUAUCUAUCGCAGCCUAGGCAGCCGGCCACCACUUCGCACCGCCCAGUAUAACUCCAAGUGGCUUAAUGAGCCAAACUUUGUUGCAGCCUAUGACAUCGGGCUGUUUGCAUACUUCUUCCUGCGGGAGAACGCAGUGGAGCACGACUGUGGACGCACCGUGUACUCUCGGGUGGCCCGCGUGUGCAAGAACGAUGUGGGAGGUCGCUUCCUGCUGGAGGACACUUGGACCACGUUCAUGAAGGCCCGGCUCAACUGCUCCCGCCCGGGUGAGGUCCCCUUCUACUACAACGAGCUGCAGAGCGCCUUCCACCUGCCCGAGCAGGACCUCAUCUACGGGGUCUUCACCACCAACGUAAACAGCAUCGCUGCGUCUGCUGUCUGUGCCUUCAAUCUCAGUGCCAUCUCCCAGGCUUUUAAUGGCCCGUUUCGCUACCAGGAGAACCCCAGGGCUGCCUGGCUCCCCAUCGCCAACCCCAUCCCCAAUUUCCAGUGCGGCACCCUGCCGGAGGUGGGCCCCAACGAGAACCUGACGGAGCGCAGCCUGCAGGACGCACAGCGCCUGUUCCUGAUGAGUGAGGCUGUGCAGCCCGUGACACCGGAGCCUUGCGUCACCCAAGACAGCGUGCGCUUCUCACACCUCGUGGUGGACCUUGUGCAGGCCAAGGAUACGCUCUACCACGUGCUCUACAUCGGCACGGAGUCGGGCACCAUCCUGAAGGCACUGUCCACGACGAGCCGCAGCCUCCGCGGUUGCUACCUGGAGGAGCUGCACGUGCUGCCCCCCGGGCGCCGGGAGCCACUGCGCAGCCUGCGCAUCGUGCACAGCGCCCGUGCACUCUUCGUGGGGCUGAGCGAUGGCGUGCUGCGCGUCCCGCUGGAGAGGUGUGCCGCCUACCGCAGCCAGGGGGCCUGCCUGGGGGCACGGGACCCGUACUGCGGCUGGGAUGGAAAGCAGCAGCGUUGCAGCACUCUCGAGGACAGCUCCAACAUGAGCCUCUGGACCCAGAACAUCACAGCAUGUCCUGUGCGAAAUGUGACUCGGGAUGGGGGCUUUGGCCCAUGGUCACCGUGGCAACCAUGUGAGCACUUGGAUGGGGACAACUCAGGCUCUUGCUUGUGUCGGUCCCGAGCCUGUGACUCCCCUCGACCCCGCUGUGGGGGCCUCGAGUGCCUGGGGCCAGCCAUUCACAUUGCCAACUGCUCCAGGAACGGGGCAUGGACACCGUGGUCGUCUUGGGCCCUGUGCAGCACCUCCUGUGGGAUCGGAUUCCAGGUCCGCCAGCGGAGCUGCAGCAACCCUGCGCCGCGCCACGGGGGCCGCAUCUGCGUGGGCAAGAGUCGGGAGGAGCGGUUCUGUAACGAAAACACGCCUUGCCCGGUGCCCAUCUUCUGGGCAUCCUGGGGCUCCUGGAGCAAGUGCAGCAGCAACUGUGGGGGCGGCGUGCAGUCGCGCCGCCGGACCUGUGAGAACGGCAACUCCUGCCCGGGCUGCGGCGUGGAGUUCAAGACGUGCAACUCCGAGGCCUGCCCCGAAGUGCGGCGCAACACGCCGUGGACGCCGUGGCUGCCGGUGAACGUGACCCAGGGCGGGGCGCGGCAGGAGCAGCGCUUCCGCUUCACUUGCCGCGCGCCGCUGCCCGAUCCCCACGGGCUGCAGUUUGGCCGGAGGAGGAUGGAAACCCGAACUUGCCCGGCGGACGGCUCAGGAGCCUGCGACACUGACGCCCUGGUAGAGGAUCUCCUGCGCAGCGGGGGCGCCUCCCCGCUCAUGGUGAGGGGGGGCUGGGCCGCCUGGGGCCCAUGGUCCUCCUGCUCCCGGGACUGUGAGCUGGGUUUCCGCGUCCGCAAGAGAACAUGCACGAACCCCGAGCCCCGCAACGGUGGCCUGCCCUGCGUGGGUGACGCCGCCGAGUAUCAGGACUGCAACCCGCACGCUUGCCCAGUGAGGGGUGCUUGGUCUUGCUGGACCGCUUGGUCCCCGUGCUCUGCCUCCUGCGGUGGCGGCCACUACCAACGCACCCGUUCCUGUACCAGCCCCGCGCCUUCCCCCGGCGAGGACAUUUGUCUUGGGCUGCACACGGAGGAGGCGCUGUGUGCCACACAGGCCUGCCCAGAAGGCUGGUCACCGUGGUCUGAGUGGAGCGCAUGCGCUGAGGAUGGAGUGCAAAGCCGCGACAGGCACUGUGAGGAGCUGGUCCCUGGGCCCAGCGCUUGUUCUGGAAACAGCAGCCAGAGCCGCCCCUGCCCUUACAGCGAGAUUCCCGUGAUCCUGCCUGCCUCCAGUGUAGAUGAGGCCACCAGCUGUGCAGGGUUCAGUCUCAUCCACCUGGUGGCCACAGGUAUCUCCUGCUUCCUGGGCUCUGGGCUGCUGACCUUGGCAGUGUACCUGUCCUGCCAGCAUUGCCAGCACCAGUCCCAGGACUCUACGCUCGUCCAUCCCGCCACCCCCAACCACCUGCACUACAAGGGUGGGGGCACCCCCAAGAAUGAGAAGUACACACCCAUGGAAUUCAAGACCGUGAACAAGAAUAACCUGAUCCCUGAUGACAGAGCCAACUUUUACCCAUUGCAGCAGACCAACGUGUACACGACCACCUACUACCCAAGCCCACUGAACAAACACAGCUUCCGGCCUGAGGCCUCACCUGGACAACGGUGCUUCCCCAACAGCUGA